AUGAAAGCCACCGCUUCAAGAAUUUCCAAGCGUCGCGAGACCUCAAAGCAGAUGGCAGGGAAAGAAGUCAUGUCACUACCGCAGACUGCCGGAUGCAGCACCAGCCUACGGCCUGCGACGAGUGUGCGCUCCAUUUUCCCAUUUCUGGAACUGCCUCCCGAGCUCCGAAACCAAGUGUACGAAGACUGCAUGUCUGAUGCAGAUGAAUCGCGACCACGCCAUCGAGAUCUGGCCACACUCCGUAUUCCAACCAUCUCUCGAGUGUCACGCCAGCUGCGACAGGAGAGCAUGGGCUACCUCUUCGAAAGUCGCGCAUUCGAUCUCUGUGUCGGGACUAACAUCAGGCAUCGUUGCGAUGCCACCAACGGCUACCAGAGAUGGCCUCCAGCUUACGACCCGGUGCAAGACUGCGGGACCAUGGGUCUGAAUCCUGUUGUCAGAAGCUUUCUCAAGAGCGCUGCCAAGUGGGCAAUUUUCAAGGAUGUCACUAUCAGCAUUUAUAAUACGCACGACAUCCCGCUGGUACGAUACAAGCGUGACAGGCCAUCGGUACUGGGCAAAGGGGCGCGGACCGAGCUUUUGGCGGAAAAGGUGGAGCAGCACAGGGAGAAGAAGCGCUUGGCUUUCGUGCACCUCAAGGUCGAGAAAGGAAAGGUAGUGUGGCAUGAUGAGCAUGGAUUGGCUAGGUAUGAUUACCGCCCAAGCGCGUUUGGCAAGAUCGAUGAGGCUGUGGCAGACCUGAAGCAGGUCGUCAACACGUCUUCGAGCAGACCUGACUUCAAAGGCUUUACGGUCGGCGAUUUGCAUCAGAUCUCGAAGUCACUUUACUGGAGACCUGAUCUCGCUUGUGAUAGAAGGCCUUCUUAA